GCUUAAAUAAUUCAUAGUUCUAAAUAUGUACAUACAUGUGUUAUGAAACAAUUAUGCAGUAGCCUAUAUUUAUAUGCAGGUGCUUGUUACGCUCAGAUAUCUGUCGAAAGGAAAUUUCUUCUCCGAGUUGGGAGAUCUACAUGGAAUUUCCCGAUCGUCAGUCAGUCGCAUUAUUCAUAAUGUUUGUAUGGCUAUUAAUAGAACGAUGAAUAACAUCUCAUUCCCGAGGGAUGCACCAACACUCCGGUGUAUAAAGACGGACUUCUUCAACAUAGCACACUUUCCAAAUUGUGUUGGUGCUGUUGAUGGGACACUUAUUCCAAUAAAAGGCAUGGGUGGGCCAGAGGAAGCCGCAUACGUCUGUAGGAAGAACUAUUAUGCCCUGAACGUCCAGACUACCGUUGACUCAAAAAUGAGAUUUAUCCAUGUCAACGCUUGCUUCCCUGGGCCACUCAUGAUACCUAUGUGAUGAGCAAUU